UUGGAUAUUGGACCUGCUGUCUCUUGCACGAGUGCCACUUUUGAAAUGCAUCGCAAGUGGUAUGAAGUAGUUAAUUAUUUUCAGAAGAAUCUAUCAUGUUGGAAAUCAUCUAAAUACUAUCGAUUGACUAAAUGGACACUUGCAGGCGGAGCUAUCGGUGUUGGAAUUGUAGGCAUAGCUAUGCCUGUAUAUGCAUCAGACUUACAAGCUCAUCCUGCAAAACUACCUUGGAUACACAAUGGAAUAAUAUCUUGUUAUGAUCAUGCUGCAGUACGUCGCGGUUAUCAAGUGUACAAAGAAGUGUGUAGUGCUUGUCACUCUUUGAAGUAUGUUUACUAUCGACAUCUUGUCAAUGAAGUACUGACAGAAGAAGAAGCUAAAGCGGAUGCAGCUGAAAAUAUGUAUCCUGAUGGACCAGACGAUAAAGGACUUAUGUUUGAACGACCAGGUCGAUUGACUGAUCCACUUCCAUCUCCUUAUCCAAAUAGUGAAGCAGCACGUGCUGCUAAUAAUGGAGCAGCACCACCCGAUCUAACAUAUAUUGUUAAAGCUCGAGAAGGUUAUGAAGACUACAUAUUCCAUUUGCUUACAGGUUAUAUGGAUCCUCCACCAGGUCGUACAGUUCCAGAGGGUCAAUAUUAUAAUCCUUAUUUCCCUGGUGGAGGUAUAAGCAUGGCAAGAGUAUUGUAUGAUGAUUUAAUUGAAUAUGCUGAUGGAACACCUGCUACAACUAGUCAAAUGGCAAAAGAUGUUGUCACAUUUCUCUGUUGGACAUCAGAUCGUAAUCAUGAUGGACGUAAACGUGUUUUAUUUAAGACAGUAAUAGUGUUGGGUACAUUUGCAGUGAUAUUGGGAGCAUACAAACGGAAACGUUGGUCAGAUAUCAAAACUAGGAAGGUUAUAUACAAAAAUCGACCAAUUCCAAAGGAUGUUUAGUAACUUUUUUUCUUUAAUAGGAUCAAUACCAUGUCUUGUGUAUGUGCUUCCUUCAUUUGGUGCUGUUUGAUACUCCAUCUUUCUACCGUACUAGAAGUGCGCAAAUCGGUUUUUUAGAAUGUGGGCAUGUAUUGAUUAUUAGGAGUAAAUAUAUAUAGAUAUAUACAUAUAU